GGCUCUCGCGGGGCUGCUGCGUGAAGAUGGCGGCCGAACUGGUGGAGGCGAUGAACAUGGUGAAGAGUUUCCGGGUGCUGGACCUGCAGACGCUGCUCACCUCGAUGGGCCGCAGCCGGAGCGGGUUGAAGCAGGACCUGGUGGGCCGGGCGCUGCGCCUCGUGCAGACCGAGUACAGCCCGGAGCUGCUCAAGACCAUCCGCCAGCUUUACGAGUCGCGUUUCCCCAAAGCCGCCAGCUGGGCGGCGCAGCGACGCCCGGACGCCAUCCCGCCGGCCUACCCCACCCACAGCUCCCCGCCCGCCCCCGGCCUGCACGGAACAGACUACCUCAACGGGCUGCCCAAGCCGACGUCCAGCUCGGUGCCCGAAGUCAAGCUGGCCUCUCUGCCCUUCUACCAGACCCUGGAAACACUGAUGCCCCCUACAGAGCUGAUCGCCCAGAACAGCGAGAAGCUGCAGGACAGUCCAUGCUCGUUGGAGCUGACGCCCAGCCAGGCGGACCAGCUCCGGAGCUGCAGAGAACUGCGCCCGGGCAUGAAGUCGAUUCAGGUGGUGCUCAGAAUCUGUUAUGCAGAUACAGUGGGUGUUCAAGAAGAUCAGUACCCCCCCAACAUUGCUGUGAAGGUGAACCAGUCCUACUGUCAUGUACCGGGUUACUACCCCUCCAACAAGCCGGGCGUGGAGCCCCGACGGCCUUGUCGCCCUGUCAACAUUACCCCAUGGUUGAAUCUCUCCACCACCCCAAACCGCAUCACGGUCACCUGGGGCAACUUCGGGAAGCGGUACUGUGUGGCCCUCUACCUGGUCCGCGUCUUCACGUCAGCUGAGCUCUUCAACCAGUUGAAACACUGCUCUGUGGAGAGUGCCGAUCGCUGCCGGGAGCGCAUCCAGGACAAGCUGCGUUUCGACCCAGAGAGCGAGAUAGCUACCACGGGCCUUCGAGUGUCCCUCAUCUGCCCGCUGGUGAAGAUGCGCCUGGGCGUACCCUGCCGCGUGCUCACCUGCGCCCACCUGCAGUGCUUCGACGCAGUCUUCUUCCUGCAGAUGAACGAGAAGAAGCCCACCUGGACGUGCCCGGUGUGCGACAAACCCGCCCCCUUUGAGCUGCUGACCAUCGACGGGCUGCUGUCUGAAAUCCUCAAGGAGACAGAGGACGUGGAGGAGAUUGAAUACCUGGCUGAUGGCUCCUGGAGACCAAUCCGGGAUGAGAAGGAGAAGGAGCGCAGCAGUACGCCGGAGUGUCCCCUACUGGACAUAUGCUCCCCAGAGGCCAACGGGCACUCCCCAGCACACAGCAGCUUCAGCCAGCCUGGGAAGCCUGGCGCGCCGCCUUCAGGGAGCUCAGGCCCUGGGACAGCACCAACAUCGAGCGGGGGUGGGGGCGGAGCCGGUGGCGGUGCUGUGGUGGACCUUACUCUGGACUCGUCCUCUGAGGAGGAAGACGGUGGCGGCGGGGCGGGAGACAGCGAAGACACAGAGGACAGCCAGGACAGCCCCCCUCCUAAGAAGGGCCGAUAUGGCUACGACAAGGACCUGGUCACUGCGUAUUGACUGCUGGAACCCACGGACUGGAAGGCGGCGAGGUGGGGUGCAGGUGGGGGUGUGGGAGGCUUCUGAUUUGCGUGUGGGGCCAGGAGUGGGAAGGAACAGCUGUGGGUUCCUGUGCACUGCACCACCCCGCCCAGUCCCGUCCCAUCUCAUCCCAUCCCCUGCCUCGGCCUCUGCUUUCGAGCAGCGCUGAACCACAUGCACAUACAUGUCCUGUUGGCCCAUCGGGCUUCAAGUUGUUGCUGAAAAGAAAAAAAAGAAAAAAAAAAAAA